AUGGUUAACAAAAUCGGUGAAAGCGAAGAUGUUCAAAAUACACCAGAAUGGUUAACGGAGGAAUUAUUUCGAGAAUUUCUUGAAAAAGAUUUUCCAAAUUUUAAAAGAAUCUCAAAUUUUCACAUCAAACCUGCAGUUGCGGCUGGGGAAAAUUAUAUGACAGUGUUGCUGAGAGUUAUAAUUUCCGUUGAAAUGCCCGAUAGCAGCAUCAAUACCACCUCAUAUAUGGUCAAAAUUAAACCGCAUGUAGAAAGGCUACAAAUCAUGAUCAAAGAAUGGCAAAUAUUUCGUAAAGAACACACCACCUAUAGUAAAUAUAUACCAAAAUUUGAACAAUACUACGCUGAGGCGGGAAGUCCACUGAAAAUAGCACCACGUAUUUUGAUGCCGCAACAAGUGCACGACAUUAAGGAUGACCUUUUGAUAUUGGAAGAUUUACGUCUGAAGGGAUUUAAAAAUUUCAAUCGUCAUACGGGUUUAGAUAUGAUACACACAAAAGCGGUAUUGAGGAAGUUGGCACAAUUUCAUGCUGCCUCGGCACAUUAUGCCCUCGAAGAGGAAGAAUUCCCCGCAAUGUAUGAUCAAUGUUUUACUGCCAAAAAGGAUUUAUUUCACGAUCAUCGUUUGCGUAUUGGAAAAAUAUUCCGGGAAAAUUUGCAUUUAUAUGGUGGGAUGGAGUAUUUGGAAGACAAGUUGAAAAACUAUGCCGAACUGAAAUGUGAUCCAUUUCAAAUGAAAUCGGAACGUGAUCCCGCAGAAUUCAAUGUUCUAAAUCAUGGUGAUUUAUGGGUUAAUAAUAUCAUGUUCCAGUACAAUGAUGAUGGAUCGUUAAAGGAGACAUAUUUCAUUGACUUUCAAAUGGGUCGUUAUGGACCACCAGCACAAGAUUUAUUAUAUUUUAUAUUCUCAUCGACCAGUGUUGAUAUUAAAUUGAAACAUUUUGAUUAUUUCAUAUCCUACUAUCAUCGGAAGUUAAUUGAAAAUUUGCAAUUGCUUAAGUAUAAAGGGGUAAUGCCAAAAUUAAAGGAUAUUCAGUUGGCGCUGUUCAAACAUGAUUAUUGGGCCUAUACUACAGUCAGUGCAUUGAUGCCCAUUGUACUUUGUGAGGCACGUGAUGAUGCCAAUGUUGAUAACUUAACCGGUGAGAAUGGAGAAGAGUUCCGCCAAGCCAUGUAUGGUGGCGCCAAUUAUGUCAAAUCGAUGAAAAUGUUAUUACCUUGGCUUGAUAAUCGUGGAGCUUUUGAUUUAUGAU